AUGCAAUACAAGCUCAUCGCCAGCGCUCUUGCGUCCUUUGCCAUCGGCUCUGCCGUGGCUGGGCCCAUCGAGGUACGUGCUGUCGAAACACGCAACUGCCCUCAACGACUGACAAUACGCUCUAGGCCCGCGGCGAGCAAGCCAAGUCAGGUGCUCAGUGUCUUCCGUCUUGUGGAUUCCAGGUGCCUGGCCGCGACUACGAUUCGUACAACCUCCACGGCCAGGAAUGGUACCCAAACCAGCAUGGCUACAACUUCGACUAUGCCAACCAGCACCAAUACUACAAGUCGUCGAGCUCCGGCCACGCCGACGCCCAUGAGAGCACUGGAAUCAUUGAUGGGUUCAGGUAUGGCGACCAGUGCCACCCGUUUUGUGGAUCUCCGGUGCCUGGCCGCACCUACCAUUCGUACAACCUCGGCGGCGAGGAAUGGCAACCACACGAGGCCGGCUAUAACUUCAACUAUGCCAACUCGAAGGCAUACUACUCGUCGUCGAGCUCCGGCCACGCCUCUGGCCAGGAGAGCAGUGGCUGGAUCAAGGCCCGCGCCGUGCAAGCUAAGGCAUCUGCUCAGUGUUAUGGCGAGUCUUGUGGAUACCCUCAGGAUGACCGCAACUACCAGCCGUACUACCUCGACAACGAAUACAUCACUCCCACGGAGAAGGGCUACAACUUUGACUAUGCCAACGAGGAGAAUCUCUACUCGUCGAAGAACUCCGCCUCCGGCUCUGGAUAUUCGAUCAGUGGUGGACCGGACGACAGUGAGUGGUAA